ACGUCGACGGUCUCCCUCCUCUCGACGAGGUCUGGGAUUUUCCUGACGGGAUACCAACGAUCGCUAUUUCAUGUUCGUUCGCCGGCUUAUCCUUCGCAGUACGCGUUCGAAGCUCGAAGAAAACGAAUUCUCGAUAGACAAGAUGCGUAUACUACAAAAAAGUCUUUUGGCACUUUGCCUGUUUGCAUCAGCCAUGGCAACGCCAACGCCAACUGGAAGCAUUGAAGCCCUUCAAGCUGUUUCUCAGGGCGCCCAAUUAUUCUCUACCAAUUUCAUUAAGACUGUUGCAAAAGAGCGGCAGGACAAUCUGAUAUCUUCUCCUUUGAGUGCCGGUAUCGCUCUAAGCAUGGCAGCUAACGGCGCUGCCGGAACUACUGAAACGCAAUUUAGGGAUGUUCUUCAUCUUCCGUCGAAGACGCAGACCCUGACCGGCUUUCAGAACCUCAUCGAUAUCCUGAAUAAUGUUGAAAAUGUUACUUUGAAGCUCGCUAACAAGCUAUUUAUCGGCAAAGAUUUCCAAGUGAAAUCGCAAUACAAACAAGAUCUCCAGACGUACUACCAUUCUGACAUCGACUCGGUAGAUUUUAGUCAAAGCGCGAAGGCUGCGGAUACCAUCAAUACGUGGUCCAAGGAAAAUACCAAUAACCGCAUCGAUAGCAUCGUGCAAGCCGAUGAUUUGGAUUCCUCCCUUGCAUUGGUACUCGCGAAUGCCGUGUACUUCAAGGGCAAUUGGGCUCAUCAAUUCGACCCAAAAGCCACUACUGAGCGCCCGUUCCACAUUAACGCCACUGACGUAAAACAGGUUCCUACUAUGUACAGGAAGGGCAAUUAUAAAUACGUUGAGUUGCCGGAACAUGAGGCUAAAUGCAUCGAGCUGCCAUACGCGAACAAAGAGAUUAACAUGGUGAUUAUCCUGCCCGAUAAAAUCGAUGGUCUCGCUGCAUUGAUCAAUAAUCUCGAGGCAGUUUCUCUUGAUUGUAAUGUCCGCCUUGCCCAAACGUACGAGCGCGAAGUCCGGGUGUAUCUGCCCAAAUUCAAGACCGAGUCCAAACUAGAUCUUGGAGAUACAUUAUCUACAAAGAUGGGUCUUUCUGAGCCAUUCAGUAAUACCGCCAACUUCAAUGGCAUUUCGGACAUACCUCUGAAAAUCGACAAAGUCGUGCAAAAAGCUUUCAUUGAAGUUAACGAGGAGGGCAGCGAGGCAGCCGCCGUCACUGUUAUACAAUUCAUGCUAGUUAGCAUGCUAGUAGAACCAGAACCAACAGUUUUUGACGUAAAUCGGCCGUUCCACUAUUACAUUAAAUAUAACUCGCCAAACGUGGCUUUAUUCAAAGGUCACAUAAUCGAGCCAAAAGUCUAGAUGAGCAAAGUAUUCUGCUAGUGGGAUACGCUAUGGUUUAUGAAGAGGAAUUCGAUAUAAACCGUCCAUUCAUAUAUAAUAUAAUAAAAACUUCCUCGACAAACAAAGAAACGGGUGUUCGUGAAGUGAUACCGCUUUUCGUUGGACAUGUUGUUAAUCCUGAAUAUUGAGAGUCUUCUCUCUGGGAAAUACUAUUGCAACUACCUCAAUGAAGUGAUAGUAAUGGAAAAUGAAAAAUAAUAUUAUACGUAUAUAUCGUAUUAAUUUUAUAUAACAUAAUUACCAGUAAAUUAACAGAUAUUUUAUGUGCGCAAAUAAACAUACAUUAUAUUUAAUCACAAUAGAGAGAAAAUGAUAAUUCAAUCUAUAAAAAUAUAAAACUAAACAUAUGAAUUAUUUCAAUGAAUAAUCACUGCAUUUAUUUAUCAAAAGAUCGAUCUUUUCAUUGCAGCUUAUCUCCCUUCUAAUUCUGUAAGAAAAUAUCAGCUCUUUAGAUGUUAAAUUUCGCCAGAUGUACGAAAAAUAUUUUAUAUAUAUGAAUUCCUUCCUUGACGCUGGUUACUUGAUGAUUCGGUGCUUAUAUAAGUUAUAUAUAAAUUUCAAGAGAGUUAAUUAGAAUUAAUUAGAAUUUAAUUAGAAAUAAAAUUUUUAAUUAAAUUCUCUUUAUUAGUAAUAAGGCACUUGUUUACAAAUUAAAUUUGCACAUCGCUAAUUUGGAACAAAAGCGAUGAACAUUUUUUGUCUGUUACAUAUAAUUUUGCGACAAACGCAUAUGUAUUGCAGAAUAAGAAAAUUGCAUAUAUAAAUUCAUUGGUCAUAGUGUAAAAAUACAAGAUUGCUCCCA